AUGGCUAGACAUAGCGAUCGUGAUGAGAUCAAGGACUUCGAAGAUGCAGUGCACUCCAUCAGAUCUGGCCUUGGUGCUUCCCAAGCUGCUUCAGCCCUGAUCUCAGCCAUGACCGGUGUAGAGAAACUCUCGAUGCUCGACGGCGAUGAGCCUUUCUGGCCGGGCAUGCGCAGCAUUCUAUACGACCGCUACAACCGCAAGCCCUAUACUAUGGGUGCCGUUCCUCGCCUCAAGAUACCUGGAGUCAAGUUCACGGAUGGUCCAAGAGGCAUUGUAAUGCACAACUCGACCUGCUUUCCUGUUGCUAUGGCUCGUGGAGCAACCUGGGAUGUUGAGCUCGAACGUCGCAUUGGUAAUGCCAUAGGCAAGGAAGGGCGUGCGCAAGGUGCCAACUACUUCGCCGGGAUCUGCAUCAACCUUCCGCGUCACCCUGCCUGGGGUAGAGCGCAGGAAACUUACAGCGAAGAUCCGAUUCUGCUAGGCGCAUUCGGCGUAGCACUGCAUCGAGGUGUGAGCCCGCACCUCAUGACGUGUGUGAAGCACUUUGCACUCAACUCCAUGGAGAACGCGCGAUUCAAGGUCGACGUCAAUAUCGAUCUGGCACCGCUGCACGAGGUGUAUCUUGCCCACUUCAGACAAGUUGUGGACGCCGGUGUGACUUCUGUUAUGUGUAAGCAAUGCAUCCUUUCAGACCCAGCAAUGACACCAGGAGGGUUUCUGACUAGCACUUUAGCUUCCUACAACUCACUCAGGGGUGAGUUCGCAGGCCAGAAUGAUGAGCUUCUGAACGGCAUUCUGCGGAAGCAAUGGGGAUUUGAUGGCUUUGUGCUCUCAGACUUUAUAUUCGGAUUGCGAGAUGCUGUGAAGUCUGUGAAGAAUGGCCUUGAUAUCGAGGCGCCAUUCCAGCAGCAGCGUGUUCUGCAUUUGGCGAAAGCGCUUGAAAGUGGAGAGCUGCAAUGGUCGGAUGUCGAGAGGUCUUGCAAUCGUAUCUUGCAGAAGCAGCUGGAGCAUGUCGCGCGCACUGGCACUGAAGCACCCGAUAGUUCAGUUGUUUUCUCCACCAAGCACAGAGACCUCGCUCGCGAAGCAGCUUUGCGGUCCAUGGUCCUGCUGAAGAACGAACCCGUCGAGUCACAGCCUCUGCUUCCCUUGAAGCCGGACAAGAUUAAGCGUCUUGCCAUCGUCGGCCGCCUCGCCAAUCAAGCUAAUACUGGAGAUCGUGGCUCGUCCGCUGUCUUCUCGCCCAGUGUUGUCACCCUCUACGAAGGCUUAAAGGCCUCACUUCCCAACACCGAGGUCCUGCUCGAAGACUCAGACUCUGCUGAACGCGCCGGCGAAGCUGCGAGCAAAGCAGAUAUGACGAUUUGUGUAGUAGGCUACGAUGCUGGGGAUGAAGGUGAGUAUGUCGUGCCCACAUUCGACGACAACCCAGAGCUGGCAGCAUUGCUGCCACCAGUCGAGGGUGAAGAGGAUACGGAAGUUGAGCGCAAGAUGAAAGGGCACGAAGACACAGCCGCUGUAGAUGGCUCAUCUCCGAAUGAAGGCAUAAGAGUCGGUGAUGGUGGCGAUCGCAGAUCACUCCGCCUGCGCUCUCGUGACGUCGAAGUGAUCAAUGCCACCACCAAAGCGUCAUCGAAUGUCAUCGUAAUCAUCGUGGCCUCUGAGGCAGUGAUCAUGGAAGAGUGGCUUGGGGAGGUACCAGCUGUCCUCUUCGCCUGGUACAGCGGCUGCGAAGGCGGUCAUGCGCUGGCAGACGUCUUGCUCGGCAGAGUCGACACCAGCGGACGUCUCCCAUUCUCCAUCCCCAAGAGCGAGGAGCAACUACCGCUCUUCGACAUCGAUGCAAGAAAGAUCACGUAUGACCGCUGGUUUGGGCAACGGCUGCUUGACAAGCUCGCUGUUCCUGCGCGAUACCCACUGGGAUGGGGGUUAUCGUACACCACCUUUGCGCUUAGGGGUAUACGUAUUGAUGAGCAAUCGAUCUCGGCAAACUACGAGCAGUUCAACGUGCGAGUGAAGGUCAACAAUACUGGUUCUCGCGCUGGACGCCACGUUGUGCAGAUCUAUGGGCUACUUCAAGCGGAGGACUUCCCUUCACGGGUCUUAUUGGGCUUUACUCCCGCCAGUCUAGGCGCUAGCGAGGACGUUGAGGUGGAAGUAUCGUGCUCGCUGAGACCAACGAAGAGGUGGAACUCUGGCGGCUUCCAAUAUGCGGCGAAAGAGGUAAAAGUAGAAGCUGCGAGUUUUGCCGGCGACAAGAAGGCAGUGGUAUGCAGUCUCGCGCUACCCUGA